CUCAGAAUUAAUGCACACCUUUGAAGAAAUCCCAAUCCAAAGUCCAGAGUACAAACACUGUACUACUCUCCACUCUCGAGUCGUGUGUCUAUUUUUUUCUUCGUAUCCUAUGAAACUUCGGGCAUUUCCUAUUUCGACGAUUGCUGGAUAAUUUUAUAAGAUCUGUGUGAAAAAGAAGUAGAAUGUCGGGGAAAGGGGCCAAGGGAUUGUUGACGGGGAAAAACCCGGCGUCUAAGGACAAAGAUAAGGACAAGAAGAAGCCAAUUUCUCGCUCUUCUCGAGCUGGACUUCAGUUCCCUGUGGGGCGUAUCCACCGACUUCUGAAAGAACGAGCCAUGGCCCACGGGCGAGUGGGGGCCACAGCAGCCGUCUACUCAGCAGCCAUUUUGGAGUACCUAACAGCGGAGGUCCUGGAAUUGGCGGGAAACGCCAGCAAGGAUCUGAAGGUGAAGCGUAUAACGCCACGUCAUCUGCAGUUGGCUAUACGUGGUGAUGAGGAGCUCGAUACCCUCAUCAAAGGAACCAUAGCUGGUGGUGGUGUCAUACCGCAUAUACACAAGUCCCUCAUCAACAAGUCUUCCAAGGAUUAACAAGUUUAAUGAAAACGAAAAUCUUAUUUGCUCCGUUGGUUUUUGGAGCAAGAGUGGUGUGAUUGAGUGGAUUUAGUGCUUCUAGGUUCCAUUUUUUUUUUUGUUUUUUGGUCCUUAAUAUUAUGCGACUGUUUAGAAGUUAAAAUCGGUGGAUUGGAUGAUCUAGCUGGCUGACUUAUGAGUUGAAGAGGCUUUUCGAUUGACUGAUGGAUUUCAUAAGCACUCUUGUUAUACAUGGAUUCGGUGUUUGUUUUAUGUGAAGUGUAAGACUCACCUAUUUCAUGUUUUAAUUUGUCUAUUUUCUAGUUUUGUUAGUUACUGUUGGUACUAUUUUGUAUUAUUUUGCGUAAAAUUGAUCCUUUAUUCUUCGGUUUGGUGGAGUUUCUCGCUGCAAA